GGAAGAGAAGCUCGGGCAGUUGCUGAGCCCUGCCACUUCCAACUGCUUUUAAAACAGUCACAUCGAUCUGUACUUUUUUUUUUUUUUUACCCUGAACAACUUAUUACACCUGAAACCUGUUCCGUCGCCCUGGAUACCUGUCGGUCACUCACAGGUUUGACUCGGUUCAGCGCGAGCCGCGGCCGCUGUUGGAUGAGCGGACUGAAUGUGGAUUUAACUGCCGCUGUGCUCCACAGGCCGCGCCGCCAUUGCUGCUGGAUUUAUACGCUGAAUUCGUGAAAAUACCGAGUGUCUUUCAACAUGAAGAAAAAAGCUCGACAUCACCGCCCAGCGGUGCUAAAAAGAGACUCCUCCCCCAUUAAGCCUUCACCCAAUAGGGAGACGCUGACAUACGCAGAGGCUCAGCGAAUAGUGGAGCUGGAGGUGGACGGCCGUGUGCACCGGCUCAGCAUCUUUGACAAGCUGGACGUCAUCACAGAUGACGACCCCACGGCUCAGGAGAUCAUGGAGUGCAACAGUAACAAGGAGAACAAUGAGAAGCCCCAGCAGGUCCUGGUGCGCUCAGUGCGCCUCAAAAACAACCAGCAGAAAAAGAAUGCAGCGCUCACUGCUGCACACGGAGGCAUUGGUACACACGGCAAUGCCAGCGGCUUGUUGGAGCCAAAGGUUAGAACGGUUGAAUACAAUCUGCCGGUGGUGCCAAAGAGGCCUUCUUCUUAUUAUAAAUAUGUGGAGAGGACGGAGGAGGAGCUGGACGAGGAGGUGGAGUAUGACAUGGACGAGGAGGACUACGCCUGGCUGGAGCUAAUCAACGAGAAGAGGAAGGGUGAGGGCGUCAGCCAGGUGUCACACAACCUGUUUGAGUUUCUCAUGGACCGAUUUGAGAAGGAGUCGUAUUUGGCAUCCCAGGGUCAGAGUGACCUGCAGUCACAAGUUGAUGAGGACGCUGUCUGCUGCAUCUGCAUGGACGGAGAUGGAGCAGACAGUAAUGUCAUCCUCUUCUGCGACUCGUGUAACAUCGCUGUUCACCAGGAAUGUUAUGGCGUGCCGUACAUCCCUGAGGGCCAGUGGCUGUGCAGACACUGCCUGCAGUGCCCGUCACGGCCGGCUGAGUGCGUCUUCUGUCCAAACCGAGGUGGAGCCCUUAAGAAGACCGAUGAUGACCGCUGGGGCCAUGUAGCAUGUGCUCUGUGGGUGCCUGAGGUCGGCUUCUCUGACACAGUUUUCAUCGAGCCCAUCGAUGGCGUCCGCAAUAUCCCACCAGCACGCUGGAAGCUCACCUGUUACCUGUGUAAAGAGAAGGGUGCAGGCGCCUGCAUCCAGUGUGACAAGAUCAACUGUUACACAGCCUUCCAUGUCAGCUGUGCCCAGAAGGCUGGCCUCUACAUGAAGAUGGAGCCCGUCAAGGAGGUGACGCCAUCAGGGGCCCCCACCUUCUCUGUGAAGAAGACGUCCUACUGCUGCAGCCACACACCUGAAGGCUGCGACCGGCGACCGCUCAACAUCUACCAGGAGCCACACCCAAAAAAUGGAGCCUGCCACAAGAGGCCAGAGAAAAGGGUGAAGUCCAGGUCGAAGAACUGGUAUAAGAAAAAGACUAAAAAGGUGGAGCCUGAACCAGAACCAGAACCUGAGACCCCUGCCAACUCUGGACCCAGUAUCACUGUCUCAAGUUUCGACACCAUCCUGAACCAGGUGGCUGUUCAGAAGAAGCGCCACUUUGUGGAGCGAGUGUUUAGUUACUGGGUGCAGAAGAGGCAGUCGAGGAACAAUGUACCGCUGAUACGCAGACUGCAGGCCACCCCUCAGCCAGCCAAAACCAAGCAGGCGGACCGCUCAGACACAAACCAGGCACUGAAGGAACAGCUGAAGGAGUGGCACCGACUCCGCCAUGACCUGGAGCGAGCUCGCCUGCUGCUUGAGCUCAUCAGGAAGAGAGAGAAGCUGAAGAGGGAGGAGUUGAAGCUGCAGCAGUCGGUGCUGGAGGUCCAGCUGAGUCCAUUCAGCAUCCUGCUCAGAGCCGUGCUCAGUCAGCUGCAGGAGAAGGACCAGUACAGCAUCUUUGCUCAGCCUGUCAGCAUCAAAGAGGUCCCCGACUACCUGGACCACAUCAAGAACCCCAUGGACUUCUCCACCAUGAGGCAACGCAUCGAUGCUCACAACUACAGGAGCUUCGACGAGUUUGAGGGUGACUUCAACCUCAUCAUCGACAACUGCAUGUCCUACAACGCCAAGGAAACGUUUUUCUACAAGGCAGCUCAGCGGAUGCUGGACCACGGUGGGGUGAUCCUCCGCAGGGCCCGCAGAGAGGUCGACAGGAUUGGCUUUGACUUCCCUGGUGGGUUGCAUCUGCCCGAAGCCCCAAAACUGGAGCCUCCACCGCCGUUCUCCUGGGAGGAUGUGGACCGCAUCCUGAGCCCUGCCUACCGUCAGCGGACCCCCCUGGAGGAUCAGCUAAAGGAGCUUUUGGAGAAGCUGGACUUGAGCACAGCCAUGAGGAACAGCCCGUCUCGCAGCAAGAGGCUCAAGCUGCUCAAGAAGACCAUCUUGGAGGUCCGCAGUGAGUUGAGUCUGAAGAAGUCCAGACCAAAGCAAGCACCAGCUGCUCUGGAGCCCAGCUCAACCCCGUCAGAAUCAGAGGAGAAACCACUACCAGAGCCCCCAGCAGAGCCUCCUACGCCGCAGGAGGAGAAGCCUUUAACUCCACCAACGUUUGAGCUGUUAACCUCGCUGUCAGCGCUUGACACCUCAUCCAGCAACUCAGAGCCUCCUCUGAAGACCCUCAUAACCAGCGUGGACCAUGUUCCUAUGGAGCUCAACAGCAGCAAAGACACCUCUACCUCAGAGCUACCUUCAAAACACCCCAAUGGGUUCAUCCUAGACCCGCCACUACUCAACGGAAACCUCCACUCCGAAGCCUCAGGCGACUGCAACCGACGGACCAACAGUCUUUUUCGCAAAUCCAAGAGCAACAGCCCGCAGAAUCCAUCCAAAACACAAGAGGCUACCACUUCACUGACAUCACGCCUGGGCGCCAAAACCUUCCUGUCUGUCGUCAUCCCUCGACUAGAGACGCUCCUCUUGCCUAAGAAAAGGAAACGAAGCUGUAGUGGCGACGUAGAGGAAGAGGACGAGGAGUCGCCAAUGAAACGCCUCGGCACAGGUAUGGCGAAUGGUUUUGUGGUGCAGAAGGAGAAGGAAGUGGAAAUCUCAGCAUCUCCUCGCCUGCUGGAGCCACGCCGACGUUGUGCCUCUGAGUCGAGCAUCUCCUCUAGUGGGAGCGUCCUCUGCAGCACCAGCACAGUCACCAUGCCCAAAAGUGGGAAAGGGCGGCCGGCUGCGGCUCGACGGAGCACCGUCGAUGACAAAAGCACCCUUAUGACCUGCAUUGAAAAUGGCGAGUUUACUGCCUCUGCCAAGAUCUCUACAGAGGUGUGGAAGGCCUCCGCUGCUUCUCCAUUUGUUCUGGAGCCUCUUAAACUAGUUUGGGCUAAAUGUAGUGGAUAUCCCUCCUACCCUGCCCUGAUCAUGGACCCCAGAGCGCGGAGGACGGCGCGUCAGCACAACGGGGUGGAGCUUCCCCAGCCACCACAGGACGUUCUCAGAGCCGGAGAACGGAUGCAGUUCAGGUCCGCAGAGAAACUCUUCCUCGUCCACUUCUUCGACAGCAGGCGCAGCUGGCAAUGGCUUCCUAGAUCCAAGAUGUCUCCGUUUGGGAUCAACCAGACGCUGGACAGACUGAAGCUAAAGGAGGCCCGCUGCUCCUCCAACCGAAAAGCUGUGCAGCUCGCCUUCAACCGAGCCAUGGACCACCUGAACCGUGUCAGCAGCAAGCCUGAGCUGAACGGCGGCCUCGCUGUCACCGGCUGAACUCCUCCUCCCAUCAUCCAUCUCUCCUUUUUGUCCUCUCAGCCUUCUGUUUUGUUCACAAUCCAGACACUCAGUUUCUGCCUCAUACGCACAACAAAACCCCACACACUUGUCAUGUUUACCAUUUCCUGCUAACUGGAUCGUUUCCAUGCCUCCCCUUACAUUUCACCCCUCCGUCUGAAAUACUGUAGCUUGUGACGGCCAUCUCCUUUUGUCAAAGAGCUAUGCAACAUAAACGACUCGGUUAGCAGGUGAAAGAGAAGAAAUCCUACCUGGGCUGUGAGGACCGAGAAGUCACAGGUCUAAACCUGUUGAAUGUGUCAGAGUUUGACCUCUGACCUCCUUAAAUGUGCUGCAAGACUGCUGCGACAGUCCCACUGCCACCCAAACAUCCAUCAGCGUGCAGCAGUGCGGCUGCAGCAGCUCCUGUAAAUAUCCUGUACAAGGCCUGACACUAAUUUAUUCACUCCUUCAGUUUGUUUUGGUACAUGGUGUUCACAUAUUUAUACAGUCGGAGGUGAUGAUCCACGUCGUCGCUGUCGGCCUUUCUCCUGGUGCUAUCUCUACACAGAGACGAAUAAACAAACAUGCAUACUGUAACGAACAUUUUCAUGUCAGCUCCUUUUUUUACGGUUUUUGUAAGUUAUUGAGUUCUCAAGCUUCAUCUUCUCUCGUCUUUGGCAUUAAUUUUUUUGUGUGUUUGCAUCUUUUUUUUUUACCUGAAUGUUUUUACUGGACUACUUCGACAUUUUUUUGUUUGUACAUAUUUAUAUAAAAUCUAUAUAGAUGCUCUCAAGAUUUUAAACAUGCCGAAAGUGCAUCAUUCACACCGAAACCAAAAAAAAUCUGCUGCCCACCAGGUUCCCACUGAUGUGUUUUUACAGUUGUGUUUUCAGCCUUUAUGUCUGUGUGCAGUGAUGAGUUUGAGUCUUCUGUAAAACGUCACAGAAUCAUCUUUUUCCAUCCGAGCAGAGCUACAGUCAGCUGUAGGAGAGAAGAGAAUGUGCCUGUACUAAUUUAUUGUAAAGCAGAAAAUGUAUAUGCAUUACUUUAUAGAGAGAGUAUUGUAAGAAAAUACUACGGGCACAGCAGGAGCCACAUGUAGAGGCUUCUCUUCCUCUUCUGUUGUUUUGUGAGUUUUUCUAUUUUUGAUCUAUAGCAUUAAAUCUGAGCGGUGAGGUGAUAGUGUUUGAUGUUUUAUUUUGACGGGGCAGCGUUGGGUAGAUGUCAGGUUUUGUUUGGCCCCUCUGGAUGUGGAUGUUGUGUGUAAAUAGAUUUGGUACUUUAGCUGAUUCUCUGGGAAAAAGAAAAAAAAAACACAGUUAUAGCCAACGGGAGCGGAAACCAGCCGACGGCAGGCCGCUGGGAUUUUUAUACUAAAACACUGAAAAUUAAAUAUGUUAUUGAAUCACA